AUGGCUACUCACUUCCUCGAAGAUCCGCGACUCCGCCAGCGCUGGAACCAGAUAUCGCAUAAUGCUGGAGAAGUGACAGAAAAUGCAGCCGCUGGUAUCUGGAGUUUCCAGCAUCAUUACAUCAAUCCCUGCCUUGCCGCCCUUGCCAGCUCGAUAGAACAGUGCGCCACCCCUUGUCUAGGCGAUCGAGAAGAGCGGGCGAGACGAAGACGAGAGCGAGAGCGUGCAGGCGGGCGAGCGGAAUACAGCUUUGACUUUUACGACGAUUGGUACGCCGAGGACCAGGAUGGCGGAUUCUUGGGUGGCUGGAGCAAUGACGACUGGGAUCGCCUACUCGCGGGCACUGGGUCCCAACGUAAGCACGCUGGCGAAGUGCAAGAUCAACCCAAGAGGAAGCGUGGGAUGAGCUACGGGACACGAGGCAGAGGGAGCAAAGUGUCUGAAUCUGAUCCAACCAUCAUCCCCAGCACACAGCCGAUAGGCUUCUUGGGCAAGUUGCCAUGGAAACUGGGUAAGACGCUUCGAUACAAGCCCAGCGCGGCUGAUCUGCAGGAUCACCCUCGACAGCAUGAUGAGAUGGGCAUGGGCGAGGCUGAGCCUCUUCUCGGAGACGACGACUCGGAUGAUGCCAUCUAUCAAAGUCGAUUUGCCAAGACUAGAAAUCGGAGCGGGACGACAGGGUCGGGGGAUACGUCAGACUCGUAUAGGUCUCGGGGUGAUUUGUUCCCCAGUGACGGCGAGGGUGAGGAAGAUGCCGUGCCCUUAGACGACGAGUUUAUGGUCCUGGACAAGGUUCGGGACGACCGGAGCAGCAGUAAGACGAAAUCUAGCAAGGGCAAGCGCCGAGCAGACGGCCGCCCAAUGUCUCGGACAGUAUCAAGAGCUACCAUCAACUCCAACCAUUCAAUCCUCAGUCCAAGGCCGCGAAGAGGCUCGACAAGCAUACCUAAUACUCCAGACACACCAUUCGCACUCUCGAUGGAGGAGCUGCAGCAGGAGGAAGAGCGGAUCCAGCGGGAAGAGGACGAGGAAGUGGAGCGCAAGCGGCGGGCUGCUUCACAACUGGCAUCGGAACGUGGCCUGCAUGAUGUCGGGCCCGAAGCGCCUCCCCCCGAAGGAAUUUCGGAUGCGAAAGUGAUCGGGGUGGAGCAUGUGUCAGAGCCUCCGAGUCAGAGGGGGCCGCCACCCGAGUCAACGGAAGAAAUAAUGAACAGUAACGAAGCGCCGGUGAUCCGGCCUACGAUGCAAGAGGAACACUUUAUACCAACUGAGGAAUUCGUUCCCGCACGGCUACCAAACUUCAGGUAG